ACAACCCUUUGAUUUGAGGAUGAUCUCUGCCACAGCUCAUUGAUAGAUCUUGAGGUGACUUCAGAGUCCAAUCUUUGAGCCACACACCUGUCUACUGAAGUUGCGGGUCCUUCUGAAGGGGAAAGGAGGCUGACUAAAGGCUGCAAUUUCCUUCCCCCCGGCCUCUUGUCCUUCCUCCACUCCCUCUUCUCUGCUUCAAGGGCAAGAUGCUUUACUUUGAAACAGGCUGCUGGUUCCUCCCAACUCUUGAGAUGAUCUUUCCUUGGAGCGGCAAAACCUUUCCAUGUUCUCAGUGGGUCCUAAGCAACAGCAAAGCACAGUGGGCAGCGUGACACACAUGGCCUUAAACACUUCAGAACCCCAAGACAAUUUCCUCCACAUGGUUUUGCCAUCAAUCACUUCUCCCCUGGUCAUGACAUUAUCUGAUCAAGAAAGAACAGUCAAAGGUUCAGAAGGGAGAAGCAUACCAACGGUAGAUGUCUCAGUAACUAGCAGUGAGGCAUUCUUAAGUGACAAUGAAUUUGUUGGCUCGCUUUCAAAUGCACAGCGGACUUCUUCUCUACAGUCUAUUGCAACAGUGCAUGACUCGGAUAAUGUGGUAGAGCCACCAAGAGAAACGUUAGGAUCUGUACUGCUAACACCUUCGUUAUCAGUUUUUCCUUUACUGUAUGAUGUAUUGAAAACAACACCACAAAAGACAAGCUUAAGUGUUGUUUCUGGACAUAGUAACUCUCCCACACAGUUGAACUCUUUUACCCCAGAUCAUGAAAUUCUGACUCCAAACAGAGACUUACUUUUAUACCCCACAAAGACAGAUAUUUAUUUAAGUUCUUUUGCAUCAGAGGUUUUGGUGGCUCUGGAGAAAAAUGUAGAUGAAAGCUUGGCAUCUAUUUCACUGGCCUCGGUUUCUUUGCCUUUUGAUGCUGCAUCUGAAGGGUCAUCUGUUCUUAUGCAGCAAUUGGAUAAAGAUACCCAAGUUACCCCACAUGCUUUGGCAAAAAGUACUGGGCAGUACAUUAAAACUUAUUCUGGUGUGAAUAGCAGUGCAACAGAAACUUUGGAUCUAAGGACUUACCCUGUUGCAAGCAUUUCUAGUUCAAAACCGGUUUUGGCAACCAGCACGGAACCUGCUUUGUUUUUGACUAGUCUUCCAUUUGUGUCUUUCCCAGUUCAUUCAGAUGCUGUUUCCUCUGAUUCUGAUAGUUUUCUUAUUGAUGACUUGUUUACAAGUGCGUUUUCCCAUGAAUCCUCCAGUACAACACCAAAUAUGCCUGGCAGUUCAGAAAUACCCAGUCAAGUUGAGCCCUUCAGCGAGCUCAUAAGCCCAGUGCCUUUCAGUAGACCAUAUGCUUUGUGUUUGUACUGUGACUUGGCCUCAGUUCCAUCAGAACAGGGCUUUUCAGCAGAAAAUACAGAACAUGAUGUGGGUUCAGGUGAUUAUAUUGAAACGUUAUCAUUCACAGCCUCAGAGGUUAAAGUCAUUACUCCGUUUACCACAGUAAAAGCUGACCAGUAUGAACAAGAGGAAUCUGCUCCCGAAGUCUUUGAUACUAGUUUCCCAUCAAGGCCUGUUGUUUCAUUUUCCUCCAGAUUUAUAGAACUCUCUGAACCAAACUGGGUUUUUUCAAGCACUCUCAAUGUUGACCUUAAUGUAAUGCCUACAACAAUAUUUCCUUCAUACAGUCAGCUCUCAGAAGAAAUUUCAUUGGAUAUCACUUCUAUACAGUUCUCCUCUGUUACUGAAACUGUUACGUUAACAUCCAAUAUGACAGUAGAACCUUUUAGUAGCACCAGUGUUCUUCUUGAACCAGCUUUUACCGCAAAUGAGAGCAUCCCAUUAAUUACAAUCAAACCUACAAAUUUGCUGGUAUCACCUGAAUUUAUGCCAUCAGAAUCUGUAUUUUUGCUUGACAAAGCAUCUGCAAGUUUGUCAAUAGGUGAAUCAUCUGUAAAUAUGUCAGAUUUUUCAACCAUACUUCCGUCAACACCUUUUCUCUUUGAACUUAACAGCUCAUUAUUUUUUUCAUCAGCUGCAUCAAACUUUUACUCAAUAACGCCAAGUGAUUUAUCAACACUUUUACCUCAAAUUUUGCCUACACUGCUUGGAACAUCUCUACAUGUUAGUGAUCUCUCUAGUUGGGAUUCAAGUAAGCUGCCUGCUACCAACAGCAGAAGUGCAGAGUUUUCUCAGCUGUCUCCUUGGCAUACCUCAUAUUUUAAUUCAAAUACAUCUUCUGUUCCAGUCGUGCACAUUCCUGAAAUAACACCAUCAUUUAGUUUUCAUCCCGACUUUUCCAUGUCACUGGAAGCAACGUCAAUCUUGCAAAUGGAUUCUGAAGUGUUGUUUACCUCAACUUUCACAGAAGCUACCUCUCGGUUAGAGUCUUCGCUCUUCUCCCUUGAAUCAGUGGUUCCUACUCUGGUGCUCUCCAUGUCUGACUCUGAGUCUAUUGUCACCAGCAACAUCUUGAUUGAUGAAACACACUUGACCUCAUGGUUUACUACCAUUUGGAUAACUCCUGUCAUAAAUGUAUCUUAUGUAUCUUCCUCAUUUUUUUCAACUACUACAGCUUCAGAUGAGGAUAUUGGUGCUACUGUUAACCAUACAUUGCUUUUAACCUCUUAUUCUAAGGCCAUUGCUAAUACAGCGUAUUUUACAACUAAUCCAUAUAUGCUGACGUCAUAUGCAGAUGUUAGCAGCAUUACUGUUGCACCUACUGAGUCAAUUUCUGUGGUCACAUCAUUUGUCCCUACACAGUUGCCUCCAUCUGUGAACACUACCAUUGAAUUUGUCACUCCAGCAAGAACUACUUUACCUGGGGUUACCAAUAUAACAAGCUUGACUACUCCUGCAGCAACCACCAUCACUAGCACAGUUGACCAUAGUACAACUACUGAAAGCAGCUCAAGUGUUUCAUCCUCCUCCUCCUCCUCUACUGCAAUGGCCACUACUCCAUCUGAAACUAUAAGUUUAACAUCUGCCAUGACUGCCACCAGGCAACCAUAUGUGUGUGACAUCACUGUUCCUGACACUUACUUAGUCACAGCUGUGCUGGCCCGAAGAGCUAAUCUGGAAAAUGUCAGUGAAUCCAUCAGAGAAGUGCUGAGAGUUCAAUUCAGGCGAUCUGUAGAGCUGGAGGUUUAUAAGAUUUCCCCGCAGUUUUCUUUCUUGGUGACAUCAGGUCCUUUUGUUUACACGGCAAUAGCUGUCAUGAAUGUACUUAUGAACAGCAGCCUUCUUCGUGGUCAGGCACCCAUGGUCUUGUCCCUACGUCCUUCUUUCACUGUGCCAGAUUCCAGGUUCCAGGUUCACACAGUGCUUCAGUUUGUGCCUCGAAACAUUGAUAUUGGAUUCUGUAACUUCAGCCAGCAUAUUGAAAAAGGGUUGACCAUGGCAUUCAUGGAGGUGAAAAAACAUCGCAAGGAUAUUUACAACUUUACUGUGCAGAUAUUGAAUAUAACUCUGAACAGGCCUCGGAUGGCCUUUCGGCAGGGCCCUGUGAAUAUUGUCUUUGCUAUUCGAGAUGAUCAGAGUUUCUUAAAUGGGUCUGAAAUCAGUGAGCUGCUGAGGAAUCUGUCUGUGGUAGAGUUCAGUUUCUAUUUGGGCUUUCCUGUGCAACAAAUAGCUGAACCCUUUCAUUACCCUAAACUUAACGUGUCUCAGUUGAUGAAAUCUUCGUGGGUGAGAACAGUUCUCCUGGGUGUCAUCGACCAGCGAAUUCAGGAGGACGUGUUUCAGGCUGAGAUGGAGAGGAAACUGGCUCAGCUGCUGAAUGAAGCUUUGACCAGAGGGCGAAUAUGGAGGCGGGCCAGUUUUGUAGGGAGCAAUAUUGUGCAGAUUGUGAAUGUGUCGCGGUUAGAGGGUGCUGAUUUCCCUGUAGAGCUAGUCUACUUUGUGGAGGAUCAAGAUGGGGAGAGGCUUAGUGCUGUAAAAUGUUCAGACCUAAUCAACAGAGUCAACAUCCAGAGAGCUGCCAUCAUUCUCGGCUACCGGAUUCAAGGCACAGUUGCACAACCUGUGGAGAGAGUGAAGCAGUCAUCUUCCGAGUCACAGAACAACAGUCUGUGGAUUAUCGUUGGUGUGGCAGUUCCUGUGGCCGUGGUGCUGCUUAUCAUUAUUAUUUUGUACUGGAAGCUGUGCCGAACAGACAAGCUGGAGUUUCAGCCAGACACAAUGAGCAAUAUUCAGCAGCGACAGAAGCUACAAGCCCCCAGUGUGAAGGGCUUUGAUUUCGCUAAGCAGCACUUGGGCCAGCACAACAAAGAUGACAUCCUGAUCAUUCAUGAGCCUGCUCCUCUACCAGGGCCUAUUAAGGAUACUACCCCCUCUGAAAAUGGAGAUGUGGCAAGCCCUAAGUCAAAGACUUCUAAGCCUUCAAAGACCGUCCGACACAGAGGGAGAGUUUCACCAUCAGAUGCUGACUCCACAGCAAGUGAACAGUCCAGUGGGAGGGAGACAGGAGAAGAAAUUGUAAGACCAUCGGCCCCUGUCAAUGAAGUCAAAGCACGCAGAGCUCUGAAGAAUGGAGCAAACAGAGUUGGACCUCCUCAGACCAAUAGUGGAAAUGAGCAGCACUCCUCCGCCUCUAUCUUUGACCAUGUGGACAGGAUGUCACGCUCCUCAGAGGUCAGCAGGCGGGUUCCCAGCAAGAUCCAGUUGAUUGCUAUGCAGCCAAUGGCAGCACCUCCCAUUCAGAACUCGGCACUUUCUGACCGAGUAGCAGAGACCAACAAAAUUAAUAAAGAGAUACAGACAGCUCUGAGGCAUAAGUCUGAGAUUGAGCAUCACCGCAAUAAGAUUCGUCUUCGAGCCAAACGCAAAGGGCAUUAUGAAUUCCCAGUUGUGGAUGAUGUGGUUGUUGUUGAUUCCAAAGAGCAGCAUCGAAUUUACCGCAAGGCGCAGAUGCAGAUUGACAAGAUCUUGGAUCCUGGGGGCAACGUGCCUACUGUGUUUAUAGAACCCAGGAAGAGUUCACGGGCAAAACGUUCUCCCAAGCAACGUCGGAGGCAUCAGAUAAAUGGUAGUCCUAUCGAUGCUGAUAAGGACAGAUUAAUCACAACUGACAGUGAUGGGACAUACAAAAGGCCUCCAGGAGUUAAUAAUUCUGCAUAUAUUUCGGACCCUGACCUGCCAGCAGAACCACAGACAUCAUCUGUUGAUCUUGGGAAGUACCCAGGUUUGCUUCCCCACUCAGCAUCCCAAUACAUCCCUCCACAGCCAUCUAUUGAAGAAGCCCGGCAAACAAUGCACUCUCUUUUGGAUGAUGCUUUUGCCCUGGUGGCUCCUAGCAGCCAAGCAGCCACUUCCACUGCCGUCACACCACCUGGGGUCUCUGCUGGACAGCCAGUAAACAACGUUCCUGCUCGAGCAGGGAAGGGAACUUCAUGCACCCAAUGGGGCUCAUCAUAUGGUCCACCUCAGACAGCAAACAACCCAUUUAAUAGAUACCCAGAAUUUGGAAUGACUCCUCCGGCAGCACCAGGACUGAUGCAGAGCAGACAAAAUUUUGGCCCAGGCUUCCUUCAGUCUUCAGAGUUAAUGCACCCAGACCACCAACAGUCUGAUGCUCAGUAUUCUGCCAGAGGGGUAUACUCUGAAGAAACACCAUCAGUGGCACGACCACGGCCAGUUGGAAGCACUGCAGGUUCUCAGAUACAGCACCUCACUCAGGUGGGAAUUGCUAGCAGAAUCGGAGCUCAACCAGUGGAGGUGCCCUCAGGCAGAGCAGGGCAUGGCCAGCCUGGGGGAGCAGGGUGGCCCCAGUACCGUGGAGAAGAUGAAUUUGCUAGGCGAGAUGCAACACAUAUGCAUGGACAUCAGGAAUAUUCCUCCUCACCAGUAUUCCAGAUGCCAAGGACUUCAGUCAGACAGCCCUCAGCCCCACCUGCGCAGCUUCCACACAGCACUCUUCAGGGGCAGGGGCUCUGCUACACCACCAGUUCCACUGAGGACCUCCAGCCAGGACACUCUUCUGCAUCUCUCAUAAAAGCAAUUAGAGAGGAGCUUCUACGCCUCUCUCAGAAACAGACAGCAGUGCAGAACUUCCACAGCUGAUUUGUCAUUCUCUUGCAAAUCUGCCGGUCAUGUGCUUCCUAUGGAAGCAAAACUCGAACCAAAACCAACAACACAGUUCUUCUGUCAUUAGAGUGAACUUCUACAACUCCAGAGAGAACACCUCAGAAAAAAAGCAGCAGCAGGAGGAGAGUGAGAGAAAAGCAUUUGGGGAGAGAUGGGGAGUCCACAAGCGGUCUUUUCACAGCUGGCUCUUUUAAUGUAUUAGCAUUAUUAUGUCCACUUUAGUUUGAUUUAACAAUAAAGGUAUAGGUCAAAAUCUAAUACUUAAAUAAAUAAAACCUCCAAGGUUUAACAGAACAUGAGACUCCUUGUUUAAGGAAGAAGGUAAAUGGUAAAUGGUUGCAUGUUACCAGCAGGAUUGGACGGAGUGGACAUUUCGUAAGAGAUGACAAGAAUUCCAGCCUCUGCAGCAAUUCAGAGGGAUGCGGUAUGUGUUGCUUGCUUGGCAAGAUGGCAAGUUAUAUGCGACUGGAGAUGAUGAAGGUGUGAUCCCACAGUAGGAAAUCACCUUAAUAACAAUACCAAUAAGACAACUUAGAAAAAAGGAUUUUUGAGCAAACCCGAACAAUAACUAUUAGAGCUCCUAUGCUUCUAAAUGGAGCUUACGCUCUGCACUCUUCCUUGUUUUACUUCUGGUGCUGAUGCUUCAAGUGUCCCUUCAUCUUACUGUUUGCAAAGUGAAACAAUGGCCUUGUUUACCCAAGAAUAAAUCCAUGGACUCAUUCAGGCUGGGGAAGUAAAGCAUCCCAAAUGAAAAGGCUUGGUAUUUAUUUUGUUAAACGUACUGAAAUCUAAAUGAGAAUUCUUAAUUGCAUUGAAUUUUGGAGCAGAUGUAUGUAUGUCUGUCUUUUAAAAACAAAUGCUUUCACAGGACCAAGGAUAAAAUCUACUAGUCUGUGGUUUGCUACGUGGACAAAAGCAAGCCAGCCUAGUUAAUACAGGGUCACCAGCACUAAGUUAUACAUUUGUAUCACAAAUCACCUCUUACAUUUCAUUCUGAAUUGCACUUAGUGAAACUGAGCCCUGCAAAAGAUGAAGCUUGGGGUAAAACUAUUUAGAGUCUCUACAUAGGUUCAAUUUUCUUGUUUGAGACAGUGGAGAAAGGAGCCAUGGUAUUGAUGGUACAUGUCAUGGAGUAUCUGUUGUCAUUUUUCUAGAGUUUAAUUUAUCAUUAAUAAUGAGAUUACUAAUAUUUGGCCAUUGCAUAGUUGUAACCAGCAUAAUAUAAGUGAAAAUUCAAAGUAAAUUUUGCUUUGUUGGAGUAUGUUUAUUUUUAAUCUACGCUGAAGUAAAGCUACAACCGUGGCAGGGAGACGGUGUAAAUUAACAUUUGUGAGGAAGAUUAGGAGCCUCACUUUGGGACAUGACGCAAGGAGCUGGGAUUUUCAAACACUGGACCUGAUGCCAGCAACAAAUGAUCUGACGACUUAUGGUCCAGCAAGGUGGUCAUGCCACGGAGGUGACUGGCAUAUAGUUGAACCUUUCUCACAGAAACCUUGCUUGGUCUGAACCAGUUUUGGGACAGUAGUAAGGUACCUGUGAGGCUACAUGAUGAUUUGAUCUCAGUUAUGAGGCAUAAUUCAUCUCUUGAAUGGGUGAAACUGGAACUAAAAGAGCCAUUACAGGGAUCCUCAUUACUACUUUCCAAAAUAUGUGCUAAUGUAGCUCCUUGGCAAACCACCUGAAACAGGCAGGUGGGGAGUGAGCAACCAGUUGAACACUAACAUUGGGAAUGAUCUGAUUCCUUUUCCAGGGAUUAGGAGAAAUGUUACACCUUUGACCCAAGUUUUUUGCACGCACGCACGCUGGCCAGAAGGGCCCCCAGGUUACUAGAUUUUGAAUGCUUUUCAAGUUUUGCCUUUUGACUUGGUGCACAACAUAUAUCAUAGCUGAUGCAAACACAGGCUGCUUUGAUGCUUGAAAGAUGAACUUCCGUGGUGAAUCAGACUUGAAAACUGAGCUUUUAUAGAAUGAAUUGAUUUGGUCAUUAUUUAUGAGAUUCUCAAGAACUGUUCUUGAGCAGUUUCAAAAAAGAUUCCUUUUCUUGCAGCAAAGUCAGCAACCUAUGCUUGUGACCCCAGCCUUUCAUUGCUGUCAGUACUGGAGCGCAUUAUGUUUUGACUCCAGACAAAUGUGGGCUGCUAGGAUGCAAUAUCAUUAUCAGAUAGAAACAGCCAUAACCAACAAGCGUAGGUUAGGAUGAGGGGAAACUCUGAAAUGGUUGAGAGAGGAAGUGGUUAUGCCAUAAUCCUACUGCUCAGAUUUGCCAGGGAAGACAAUGUUGGCAUAUAACGUCUUUUUUUUUUUUUUAAGAGGUAGGAGAAUCACCUUUUUUCCUACUUUGAGUAUGGUAAAUAACUUGUGAUAAUAAAUAGAUUUAAGUAAGUCUGAUCAGGGUUUUUUUUCCCUAAAAUAAAAGUAGUCCCACUUUAAGAUCUGAGGAGUUCAUUGGAAAAUGCAAUAGGCACAAAUGCACUUGUUUUGCAGCUACAGCUCACUUUUUCAAACCUUCUAAAAUAAUCCUUGCUAUAUUGCCUUUUAUCUCAUCUGUCAUUUGAAACCCUCUGCAUAAUACUUUCCUCCUUAAGAAUGGCCUUAACAAGAAGGGUGCCCUAUUUAAUUUCUGCAACUGGUGCAUAAUUGAACAGGCAGGUUGUAUGCAUAUGGCGUGACUGCUCUGUGAAGCUUGUACCAAGAUAUGCAUUGUCCGCUUUAGAAACCAGGAAAAUGGUCCAGUUUGCCUAACAUUCGUGAUUACCAGCUAACCCUUUAUUAAUCUGGUAUGAAAGAAGUUAAAUUAAAAGCUUCUCUUAAUGAAUCUCACCAGCAAUCGUAGAUACCGAGCAGGAGAUGCCUAGGUUAGAAAAGGAAAAUUCCUGCAAAAUGGUUCUCUGGUUCUGAAGCAUUUCUGUAAGAGUGGGUUUGGCUGGUUGGUGUCUGGUCCUCCUGACCAUUGCAGGGAAUCCUUUAAAGCGCAGCUAAAGGCAGAAAAGGGACAAACAAUUCUUGUUCAGUACAUCUGCUCUUCCUGUGUGUUCAGUCAGACUUUUUCUGAUGUUUUCUGGCCACUUUUUAUUCUCAAUCCUGUGAAACCAAUGUAGCUCCAGCAGAAUGAGCUGAAUGUUAUUGAUGCUCAUACAUCAGCUGUAUUAUUAACUACAUUCCAGUUGUUGGUUCAUUUUCUGUGCCCUGUCAGACACCUGAGCAACUCCAUUGAAAACCACCGAGUUGCAUAGGCAUGCCUGAGGGGAAUUUGGCUGACAUUCUUUAUUACUGGUCAUGAGGCCAGAAAACAUCCCAUUUGACUUGCAUCUCCCCGUAUGAGCUUACUGGUAUGUGGAAUUAACUGAGGUGCAAGAAUAUGUCAGUCUUUUUAAAGAAUCACUUUCCAGAACAGAAACAGAAUUCCAUGAACUCUGUUGAAGCCUAAUCGACAGGAAAGUGACUUUAAUAGACCUACUUAUUCUUGCUGUCUUUUUCACAUGGAUAGCACACAUUUCUCUUAGAAUGGCUAAGCCUAUCUCAUUGUGAAUAGUUCUUCCUGAUAACUGGAGGGUGAUUUAAUUUAGAGUACAUCUCCUUAUUGCUUUGAUCAGAGUUAAGUGUUGGCCUGUUAGGAGUGGGGAAAUGUUUAAACAUUUAUUCUCAGGUUAUAACUCUAUAGAUAUUUGAUGUGGCUGUUAUGGUUUCACAUUAUUUUAGCCUUGCUAUUGCUAUAGACGUAUACAGCAAGCUUUAGUGAAUUAAGAAUGGGGGAGAGAUUGGGCACAGCAAUUUGUAUUGUCUAGGAUUUCCUGUUGGAUGCCAAUAACAGCAGUACUCCUGGAAUAGUACUGCCGUGUCAAGAUCCCAUAGUCACUUCCUUAAGGAUUGUCCUGUGGGUUUUAGGCAUCUCAGAAUUGGCUUCUCUACCAUGCUAUAUUUAUCUGAGAUGUGUUUUUUGAUGCAUAUCUUUUGAAAGCAAUAGUUAGAACUGCACUACUUGCCCUACAAUGCAAACUUGUAAACUGAUAUGCAAAACAAAAUGUCAUUAUAUUCAGCAAUACAUUAACCUCCUGCACCUGAAAACUACACUAAAGUGAAAUUUGGAAAUUACUUAGCAUUUGAAGCUGGAGCACAGCAGACAGUUGUAAAUUAAGACACCCUUAAUGAAGCUUAGCAUUGUUAUUAAACGUUGCAUUGGUUGAAAGAUUAUCUACUGUGGGUGACUCAGGCACAGAAGUAGUGUUGCAAAUGAAUGCAUGAAUUUGUUACUGGAGGUCUUAAACCCAUGUGACUCUGGGUAAAAUGCCAGAUCAUUGGUAUUGUAAAUCCAGAUGUGUACACAUGGAGUGUAUUUUGAUGAAGCUUCUGACAUGUUAGACAUUUUUAAAUCAAUUUAGAGAUGGGGAAUGAGUUUGUUCCUUGCAGUAAUGUUUUCAUCUCUGAAAUGCAAGUUGGGAGACUUUAAGCAGUAUGCUGCCAUCAUUCACAAUAGAAACUGAACAAUUCUCUGUUCAGUGGAAACUAUAGGAGAAUAUGGGUUUUUUAGCUAGGCAGAAUCUACUUCACUGAUCUGAAACUGAGCCAAGGCAUUGUGCCUAACAUUUUUGCACUUGUGGCCACUAAAAAUCCUACUACAUCUUUUAUAAGUGCUUAAGGAUACAGUACAACUUCAUUAUAACACAGUCUGUAAGAGUUUUAACAAUCAGAACAGCUGGAAUUGGUUAGUUUCAAUAUUAUGAUGUAGUGACUUGUACUGACUCUAGUAUAGCAAACACCCUCCUUAUUUUUUUUCCUGGUCCCGGGUGGGGCGGUGGUAUUACUGUAAUGAGACUGUAUUGUUUGGAUUUGCCUCCUCCAAAAGAGAGCCCUUCCUCCACAAUACUUCAGUUUAGACUGGAGGUGAAGCAUUCUUCGGUGACAUUUCAGAAACACUCUGUGUUGGCUUAAGUCUGCCUCUCAAAGCCAUUGGCAUUUUUACUGGUAUAAAUGAUUACACAAACCACAGACGAUGGAUGAUCAGGCCUUGUGGCUCACUCUCAAUAGGCAAAUUAUUCAACUGUAAUUACUCAUUAACCAGAAGAGAGUACGGGGGAAACUGCAGCAGUGUUCAGCUUAUUCUGUCACAUCAUCAAGGAAGGAUUCAGAAGAAAGGAAUGUUUCUGAUGGGAGAGACCAUUGAGUCAUGUCAUACUAAAACAUUUAAAUGAAAUCCCUACCAUUUGAUCCCCCAGCACUUUCCUGGGGGAAAAAAAGAUGGUGAUACAUUUGUUAAAAUGGUUUGUCAUGGGAGUUUAUAAACAUUAACAAAGGAAAAGGAAAUGUACUGGCUUUCACAUUGGUUUAAGCUAAGGUUGUCUAUUUGCUGAUGUACAGAAUGCUUUCCUAAUGUAUCUUAGGAGCUACUGGGUUAUAGGUUGUUACCUCAGUAGCACCCUUUAAGUCUGAGGUUCUUCACUUAGGGCUUGUCCACAUGUGGACACUUGAAUACGUGGAUGUAAAUUAACUUUUAAAAAGGGAUUUAAUUUUUGCUUUACUUUGGAAUUGAACUAAGCCAAAUUGACCUGAGGCCACGCUAAUUCUGAAGAAGAGUGCUCAUGGCAAUGUUUAAUUUGAAUCCACUUUGUAUUUACAGUUUUAAUUCAUUCUGAUUAACUUUCCUGAGUGCCCCAUGUGUUCACAAGCUCUUCAAAUGGACAAUGUCUUGAGGGGUAGAGAGAGAGCAGAUUCACCUUGUUGACUCUAACAUACCCCGUUGCAUGGGCCUACUUCCCUUCCCUUCCGUUACUAUCUGACACCCCUGUCAGGAGCAAAUAACCUGUUUGUUGCAGCUUCCUUGCUAAAAGGCCACUCACUGCAAUACCAGUGGUCCAUAAGAUCAAAGUUUUGAAACCACUGUGCUGUUACAUGGUGGUGGCAGAUAACACAACCAGCUCAGAAAGGGACUGGAUAAAUUCAAGGAUAAUGGAUCUACUAAUGUCUAUUGAACAGAACGGUUGGAGAUGUUUCCUUUGGUGUCUCUAAAUCUAUAGGAUGCCAGGGAAGGUAUUGAAUAGGAGACAGAUAACUUCAGAGAGAUCCAGUUCCAUGCUUUCCCUGUACACCAUCCACUUCUGCCCCAUCUGGUCAGGAUACUAAGUUAGAUGGACCAUUGGUUUUACCCAGUGUGGCACGUCUUACAUUGUUAUGUAAUUGAGAGAGGCCAUUACUGUAACGCUUGAUUUUAUUUUAGAUGAAGAAUGAGGAAGUGCCAGUGGCACAAGCAGGUUAUCAUAAAAAAUGAGAAUAGAGGAUAGAACUAGAAUAGGAAGUGGAGACGUCUAAGAAGGAACGAAAGCUAGGGAGUAAUCAAUAUAGCAUAUCUUCCUCUAGGAAGUAAAAAAUGGGAAGUGUGUUGUAGUUUUGAAUUGUAACAGGAAAUACGGGAUGCAGGUAAGGAGUGUCAUAGUAUAGAAUGCCACGUAAGCAGGAAAUGUUGAAAGUGAAGGGAGUUGAAAGACUGCAGUGCAGAGAUACGAAAAAUGUUUUAAAAAUAAAGUAAUUGUGGACCUUAGAAACAGAAGAAAGAGCCAGGCUUGGCAAGGCAGGCUUUUAUGUAGGAUGAUCUAUAUGUUUAAAAAAUAUAUAUGUAUUUUAAUAAUUAGUAGUUACUAGGGCAUUUCCCAUGUUUAAAAUGCUGUGCAAACUUUCACUAAUGAAUAUGGAAGUGCUAAAUGGAUAUUAGGAAGGUAAGAAAUGGAGCAGGGAACAAAGUGAGGAACAAGAUGAGGAAAUAGAUUUGCAUAGAAGACGCGACUAUAAUUUCCCAAAUAUGUCUAGGCAAACUAUGCUUAAAUAAUUGUAUUCUGUUUUAGGAAGAUGUAAUGUUGCAGUAAUGUGUAAAAAGUCUGCUCGAGUCCAAGAUCUCCCUGAUUUCAGCAGUGUCUUCAUUUGGAGAAGUGAAGUUCAUGUGACACCUGCUAAGUGGAGGAUUUUGGUGGCUAAUACAACUAAUGCAGUGGUCUGUUGCUAAUUAUAUUUACACUCCCACUAUAUAUUCCAUGAGUGGGAGAUGCUUGCAUAGGGGACAGAUGAUUGUGUCGCUGAUGUUGGCAGAUGAAGAAAUUAGCAGUUCCCGGAGAUGAGGAGAGGACAGUGGUGUAAGAUUUGGGCAGUGAAGCAAACUUUAUGCGUCAUGGGAUCCAGACUCUCUUUGCUUCUGUCCUUCCUCCUUUGUGUAUGAGGUGGCUUUGUUUCUUGAAAUUAAAUUUUUGUUUCCUGUUCCAGUAAACUGCCCCCAUCCCCCUAUUGUUUGCCAUUUUACCUGACAAAAUUGCCCAUUUCUUUUUAAAUAAUUGGCAAUGAAAUACUGCCAUUUAAUUUCCAAUAUUUAGGUUUCAAAGGUACCGUCAUGAUCAUUAAAAGGUGGUUUAUGCUUACAGCAUUUGUUUCAAAUUGUUUGCAGAUUUAGGAAGAUAGUGCUCAGUUCAUGUCUGGGAGAUUUUUUUUCAGGGUUCAUAUUGGAAACGCAUUGAAUCACAAGAGUACAUGGGUGUGGAGCAUAAGGUUCAGAGCAUAAUGGCUGUUGCCUCGUAUGAAUGGCUGAUAUUAAAUAUCUUGAUUUUAUUUAAUGAUAGCACUUUCAUGAAACCUUAAGAUUUAACUUCUGUGGUUUUAAUGAAACUCUUAAUAUCCCAGUACAGAUAAUCUUUUCCCACAAAGUUAACCUCUGUCUUCACAGCUUAUGUUCUCAUGUAGGGGCUUGCCGAUUUUCAUCCCUCUGUUGAUUCUGUAAAAUGCAAUCAUUGUGAAGUGCAAUGACUUAAUAUGUAGCUUAUUCAGGAAAGCCCUAAGGAAUAUCCCCUUGAUAGAAGCAGCAAGCGAGUAAUGUAAUUACUAGAGCAAUGGUACCUAGAAAGAUGAAGCGUCAUGCAUCAAGUGCUAAUCAAUUCAAUCUUGAGUUACAGACUUGAAGAAAAACACUGCUCUGAUACAGUUUGUUUGAUCUGAGAGCAAAUUAAUGUAGUUACCAUGGAAUCAUGCUGCUGCCUGUACCUAUGUUUCCCAGUGGUACUUCUUGGUGUGAGAAGGGAUGAUCACUUGCAUGCUUCCUGCUGCUUUUUUCAUCUAUUCCAAUUUCUAGGCUAGCAACUUUACUGGAUGUUACCUUCCCCUUUCUUUAGGUACAAUAUAAUUCCGUGCCUGGAAUUUAGCAACUUUAUGCACCAGUCAAAACAAACGCAAGUAAACCUGCUGGCUGGACCAGCAGGAUUCACGCUGGGGUUUUUCAACUGUCCUUACCUUUUUAACCAUCCCGAAUUCUGCCAUUUUUGCCUUUCUUUGUCCUGGUGGCCAGUACCAAAAGUUACUGAUGGUAAUGACUGGCCAGUCAUCCAGUCCAUCUUCUUGCCCAUGUAGGGUUGUUUUGUACAAGUGCAAUAAUACUCCAGUGCAUUGACUAGUCAAGUACUACAUGAAUGGAUCAUUAAAGUUUGCAUCACUACCCUUAUGAGGACAGUUCAGUUUAAUGGACCAUGUGAUCAGUUUGUAUUGAUUUUUUGCAUGCUUUGUCUUAAACUUUUGAAAACUUAAAACAUCUUGAACCAUCCUAUAGCACUAUCCACUAUGUACUUGCCUAGAAUGAAGCUUCAUACAGAUUAAAAAAUGAAACUUACACAGUAAUUAAUCAAACCUGACCUGUUGGUUUCAGGUUUUACCAUGGAAUUGAGGUUGGUGGGCUUACUAAACUGGACAGCACUAACUAAAAGCUGGGCUGGAUCUUCAAUCUGUGUAAAUCAUUAUAGCUCCAUUAAAGUUACUGGAAUUAUGCUCACUUGAAUCACUGGGGGGGAUCUGGUGGGAUAUAUUUGUUAUUAAUGGCCUUGUUGCAACUGACUAAAAGCCUCAGUUUUCCAUAAAGAGUACAUUUAUCAAAAGUGCUCUACUACAGAGUUGUCUUUUAUCAUAAAAAUGAAAACUUGAACACUUUUUUGUAUGCAUCUUUAAAUUAGAAACCCUUCAUUGUGAUUUUAUUGGUUAUAAAGCUUUUUUUUUUUUUUUUACUAGCCCCGCAACACAAAUUGGAUUGCCAUCUGAUUUUCAACUUUAUAAAUUACUUUAGCAAGUGUGACUUCAUACAAAAAAUAUCUUUUUGGUUGUGCUUGGCUAUCAUACACUGCUGUGCAUCAGCUAUGAUAUGCUCUGCUGUGCAUACAAGAGCUUAUCAGUAAGGUUUCUAUUCACCGUCGUAUUAUUUUUAUUGUCUUCUGAAUACAAUCUUUCAUUUUGCAUUUUCUGCAACUGUGGUCCACCUUCUGAAGUCCCAUUACUGGAAAACCAGCUGGCUAGUCCUCUUUUUUGCAUGUCAGUUAAGUUAUUACAAACCCAAUUGCUAAAAAUGACAUGUAUUAUCGGUGCAAAAUACAACAUAUACCUCAGUGACUUCCUCUGUUUUAUAGAAGUGUUUUAAUUGCACUGUAAUUUUAUUAUAUCCAAAUAGGACAGAAGCCCAGAAGCUAUUUGAAUACCACCACAUCUUUUAAGAACCCCAGAGCAUGUUGAGUGUAGUAUUAUAUGCAGGACUACAUUUUCAUUAAGGAUCUGUCCCAAAACACUUUUAAUCUGUGGAAUGACUUCAAUAGAAAAAGGCUAUGGAUCAGGUCUGAAAUAGGCAUAUAAAAAGCAUAUGCUUUGCUGUAUAGAGGUUUCUUAGCAAUGCCCAAUAUUAAGGGGUCAAUACACCUUGCAAACAAAGCCUUUUGCACUAGAUCAUAAGUUUACAGAUGAAUGGAGUAUGGCAUUUGUCUAUUUUACAGCAAAAAUUCUUGGAGAUAUCAGCUUUAUAAACAUAAUUCAGAUCCAUGCUUUAUUAAGAUUAGCCUCUUGCCCCAAGCCAACAGUGUAUAAAGUACAUUUGUAGUGGGAAAUUGUGCUGUACCAAAAGCUAUGAUUUUUUCUCCCAGUUAGCCAUGGAAAUACAGAGAUAUCCCACCAUUAGUUGCAUAUAAUCCCAGAUCCCAAGGUCACUGAUCCAUUCUGACCUGGAGAAAAUUUUUUGUAAAAUUCAUUACCUAUGGGAAGAGUUCUGCAGAAGGUGAACACAAAGGUAAUAUGUGGAGUGUUUCACAAUGUAAAUGCCACAUUACUGUCAGACCGAUACACACAUUCCAUUAUUAAAAUAAUCAACCAGGAUAAACAAUGAUAUUCUAGAUAUAGCUAUAAGAUUUGUGGUCCAUCAGUAACUGCAGUUGUUAACAGUCAGCUCACCAUUUUCAGUCAAUGAAAAAGAAAUCCUUUGUUUCUGUAAGUUUGUAAAUAUACAAGUUUAUAUAUUUUUUGUGGAAAUGAGUAGUUGGCGGGUCCAACACCAAGGUUUGUCUUGUGAAUGUUACUUUUGAUUUAAUUACUGCAUGUUGAAAUGUUGAGUUUUUCCUGAUGAGCAUUGUUUUGUGAUUGUUUACUACUGGUAUUACUGUGCAUGUAAAAAAAAAAAAAAA